UCGUGUGUAGGCUAUAGUUGUAGAACAAAAGUUUAAAAAAAAAGCAUGUGAUAUAUUUUGAGAACUUUAUUCUGCUCUGAAAAUGUAAAUAUAGGCGUGCUGGGGCAUGAAAAAAAUGACUUUUUACAUUUGAACUUCUGGUGGGCGUGUCUUGAAAGUUUGACUCCGCCUCUCCAGUCUACCGGGUCGGUUUUGUUUUUGCCGGUUGACAGCCUGAGAAAUGUCUCGGUAGUUUUGAAUCCUCUUGUCUGCCCGCUUUGUGUUGGAGGAGAGUCGGUCUGAGGUUAAAACCAAGCAGGUGCUGCCCGGUCUACCUGAACAGUGUCUUUAUUGCAGCAGGAGAAAUGUUGACGGACAUCCUACAGCGGUUCAGCGCCUUCACGCUGACCGUAAAGCACCUCAGCCGCUUCCCUCACAUCUCAGACCUCAUCUCCGGCUCUCCUCCGUCACUUGCAGCUACUGUCCCCGCCUCUGAGGUCCCCACCCUUUUCCGAGAGCCCUACAUCUUGUCGGGCUACCGCCCCGUUCAGCAAGACUGGCGCUGCUACGUCCUCAGCCUCUUCCAGCGGCACAACGAAUCUCUAAAUGUAUGGACUCACUUGCUUGCAGUCCCUGUCCUGUUGAUUCGCUGGUGGGCCAAUGUUAGUGCCCUGGGGUGCCCCUUGGAUGCAGCCUCUCUACCUCUUGGCCUCUUCAUGGUGUCUGCACUCACAUACCUCUGUCUCAGUGUGGCAGCACAUCUCCUGCAGUCUCACUCAGUGCGUGCACACUACUUUUUCUUCUUUCUGGACUAUGUAGGUGUAGCUGUGUACCAAUACGGUUGUUCCCUUGGUCAUUAUUUCUACACAUCGGAGCCGGCAUGGAGGGACAGGAUUGGGAGGCUCUUUCUUCCCGGAGCUGCUCUCUUUGCAUGGCUCUCCUGUGCAGGCUGCUGCUUUGCUAAGUACAAGUACAGGCGGCCGUAUCCGGUACAGCGGAAAAUCUGCCAGCUGAUCCCCACCGGGGUGGCCUACGUGUUGGACAUCAGCCCCGUGGUCCACCGCCUGCUCACCACCUCAUGGACUCAAGAGUCCUCCCUGACCUUUCACACCCUGCAGAUCGCCUCUUUCCUGUUGUCCGCCUUCUUCUUUUCCUGCCCCGUACCCGAGCGCUUCUUCCCGGGCCGCUGUGACUUUGUGGGCCAGGGUCACCAGGUCUUCCACGUGUUUCUGUCCAUGUGCACCUUGUUCCAGCUGGAGGCUCUUUUCCAAGACUACGCCAGGCGGCGGGAGACGGUGGUGGUGGUUUUUGGGGAGUGGCAACUGUGGUGGGGUUGCGUGACCUUCCCAGUUCUGCUUACCUGUUGCAUUCUGACAGCACUUCUCACCAUGAGGUACACAGACAAGAAACUGCGGGAGCAAAAAGAUACUAACCUGUAGGAAGUUUACUACUUUUAUGGAUUUAAUCAUUUAUAAUUAUGUACUCUAAAUAUUUAAACAAUAAACUGUUUAUAGUUUAAUUUAUAGAUGCAAAUGAUUAAAGUGCUGAAUCAAGGACGAUAAUAGUUGGUACAAAGAAGGUCAUAAAUAAAAAUAAUAAAAAGUAUUUAAAAAAUGUGGUUACUUAUUUGACCCAAGAACCAUCUAGUGUUUAAAAUACUUGAAGAAAAAUGAAGAAAAGUUGAAAAUACUUUAGAAAUUAUCUCUUGUCACCCAAUGUUUUUUGGUAGUUCUCGUUGACCUUGUAUGUCAAUCACUGAGGAAUCCCUUCCUUUCUGUGGUCCUACCAGUUCUCUUUGAGGAGAGCUGUAAUAAUGGUGGACACACCCUCUUUUCUUAGAAUUUAAGAGUUACUUGUUUAGGAAAAGUCGCAGGAGAAAGUGUCUGUUGUUUCACUGCUAGACAUGACCGCCCAACCUUGGUGGGUCGUCUAGGUUGUUUUCCAGUUAUCCCUGCCUUUCCUGUCGCUGAUCGUCUGAUUUUCAUAACCUGGAGUUAACUCAUUCUACUAAUCAUCAGGUAGAAGGCAAAAGUAGCAGGAAAACAAGCCGAAACCAAGUAGUCUGUGGGAGUGUUCUCCAAGAAUCAACAGUCACUGUUUCCUGUAGACCAGAGGAUGUGCUUGGACCUAAAGAGUUGGCAGAACUUGUUGAUACAAACCAGACUAACAGAAGUUAAAACUUCACUUACAUGUAUUUUCCCUCUAUAAAAUGCACCCGAUUUAAAGGCACAUGGUCACGUAUGUCAUCUAUAAGGCAUACUGAACUGUAAGACGCUUUAGAGUCAGAGAUAAAUCACUGAAGAUAACUGCGUUCAGAGUAACUCUAGAACUUGUUUGGAACACGCUACAUGUUAGCAUUUUAGCUACGCUGGCAUGUUUACAAUAACACCCAACCUUGUUUGAAACACAUUAGUAAAACUACCAUUUUGUUCAAAAUCAGUUAACACAAUCAGAAAUAAUUCCCGUAAGAGGUCCAAAUUGUUCCAAAUUAUAAGGUGUACUGUCGUUUUUUUGAGAAAAAUAAAGACUUUAAAGUGCGGAAAACAUGGUAUGCUAAAUCUGUUUGAAUCAUUCUUGGAUGUCAUUCGUGAGGAAAAAAGUUUUCUUUCUUACAUCAAUAUGUAAAAGUUCACUCUUUUAAAUUAUUUAGUUUAGCUGUGGCUGCUUAUUCAGUUAAAGGGUCAUUCUUUAGAUGGAAAAGGUGGUGUGCCACAAGGCAGUAUUUUGGGUUCCAAUCUUUUUCCCAAACUUCUUCUUUUUUUUUUACGUUGAUCCAAAUUCAAAUAUUUUAAACUGAAAACUAUUACCUGUCCAUUAUAACCUACAGUAACCCUGCCCCAUCCAAGCCCUAGAAGUCUAAAAAUCUGAAUCCCAAGUAUUCAGCAUAUCAGAAAAUAAAGUUGUUUUUAAAAUAAAUAUGGACUAUACCAACAAGUUCUAGGCAGAGAGAUCAAUAACCUUCUUUCUUGGUUUUUAAAACUCAAAAGUGAUUCUUACACACUUGUAUUUGCUUGACUAACUAAAUACAUAAUGCAUAAUGUGCACAGGUAAUUAUUGUUUGACAACUACAGACUGACCUUUGACAAUCUGGAAUGUAACAGUGCUGCCUUUAAAAGAGUCAAAUAAAACCUCUGUGACCUAAACUUGUUCUUUUACAUUUCUUUUUUUUUUUUGCACUUCACAGACACAUUUUUAAAGUUGACAGACUUUGAAUACAGAUAAUUAGUGUGUUCCACCAUGCAGGUAUGUGUCUUUCAACCCUGUAACCGUGAUACACCAAGUUACCUUUUUGUAAAUUCUAAGGACUCAACAUUUUCACAAAAGUCUAUGAUAGUAAGGAUUU